CCGAGGGGCGGGCCGGGGCGGGGCGGCCGCGGCCCAUUGUGGGCAGGGGCCGGGCGGGCUCCGCGCCGCGCCGGCAGGUACCGGGGUCCGCGACCGCUCGGGUUUCCAAAGGGCGUAUUUAUCUUUCAGAGUGCUGCCUGAGUGUCGCUUAAUCAUUAAGCAUCUGAUUUCCUCCAAGUUAUCUGUCAUGCUGCUCAUAUAUCCCGUGCAUGACCCUCGGGGCCGAGGGUGCGGGGCGUGCGCUGCUCCCGGUGAUGGAUGUAGUCCUGCAGCCUUUUAAACCCCGAAGCCGCCGUCCCAUCAGCUCCUCUGCUCGCCCGUGUAAUGCAGACCAUAAAUUUUCUCUGGCCGGCUUCUGUCCUGAGGAUCUAGUGCCCAGCAGGGAGGGACGCGGAGGAUUUCGGCCAUGGCCCCGAGGAAGAGGAGCGGUCGGGGGAUCUCCUUCAUCUUCUGCUGCUUUCGCAGCAGCGACCACCCUGAGAUCACGUACCGCCUGCGCAAUGACAGCAGCUUCGCCCUGCAGACCAUGGAGCCCGCGCUGCCCAUGCCUCCAGUGGAGGAGCUGGAUGUCAUGUUCACCGAGCUGGUGGAUGAACUUGACCUCACGGACAAGCACAGAGAAGCGAUGUUUGCGCUGCCGGCAGAGAAGAAGUGGCAGAUCUACUGCAGCAAGAAAAAAGACCAGGAAGAAAAUAAAGGAGCCACCAGCUGGCCAGAGUUUUAUAUCGACCAGCUGAACUCCAUGGCUGCUAGGAAAUCGCUGAUUGCUUUGGAAAAAGAAGACGAGGAGGAGAGGAACAAAACAAUAGAAAGUUUGAAGACUGCACUGAGGACAAAACCAAUGAGGUUUGUAACCCGGUUCAUCGACCUGGAUGGCUUGUCGUGUAUUCUGAACUUCCUCAAAAGUAUGGACUAUGAGACAGCAGAGUCUCGAAUACAUACCUCGCUCAUUGGAUGUAUAAAAGCACUAAUGAACAACUCCCUGGGCCGGGCUCAUGUCCUGGCCCAUUCGGAGAGCAUUAACGUAAUCGCUCAGAGUCUGAGCACGGAGAAUAUUAAGACGAAGGUGGCAGUGCUGGAAAUCAUGGGCGCUGUGUGCCUGGUUCCCGGCGGCCACAAAAAGGUACUGGAGGCUAUGCUGCACUACCAGAAAUACGCCAGCGAACGGACUCGUUUUCAGACGCUGAUCAAUGACCUGGACAAGAGCACGGGGCGGUAUCGGGAUGAAGUGAGCCUCAAGACAGCGAUCAUGUCCUUCAUCAACGCAGUCCUGAGCCAGGGAGCAGGCGUGGAAAGCCUGGAUUUCAGACUGCACCUGAGAUACGAAUUUCUCAUGCUUGGGAUCCAGCCAGUCAUUGACAAACUAAGAGAGCAUGAAAACUCAACCCUAGACCGGCAUUUAGAUUUUUUCGAAAUGCUUAGAAAUGAAGACGAACUGGAAUUUGCCAAAAGAUUUGAGCUGGUUCACAUAGACACCAAAAGCGCAACUCAGAUGUUCGAGCUGACGAGGAAGAGGCUGACUCACACAGAGGCCUACCCGCACUUUAUGUCCAUCCUGCACCACUGUCUCCAAAUGCCUUAUAAAAGAAGCGGUAACACCGUCCAGUACUGGCUGCUGCUGGACAGGAUCAUCCAGCAGAUCGUCAUUCAGAGUGACAAAGGGCAGGACCCCGACGCCACUCCCCUGGAAAACUUCAAUAUCAAAAACGUCGUCCGAAUGUUAGUCAAUGAAAAUGAAGUCAAACAGUGGAAAGAGCAAGCGGAAAAAAUGCGAAAAGAGCACACCGAGCUUCAACAGAAGCUGGAGAAGAAGGAGCGGGAGUGCGAUGCCAAGGCCCAGGAGAAGGAAGAAAUGAUGCAGACACUGAACAAGAUGAAGGAGAAGCUGGAGAAGGAGUCCAGUGAGCACAAGCAGGUCAAGCAGCAGGUGGCGGAUCUCACAGCACAGCUCCAUGAGAUGAGCAGGAGGGCGAUCUGUGCUGCCGGCCCUGGAGGACCUCCCUUGCCACCAGGAGCUCCUGGUGGCCCUUUACCUUCUCCAGCUCCAGGAUCCCUCCUUCCCCCUCCUCCACCACCACCGCCACCACCGGGGGGCUGUCCCCCACCACCACCCCCACCACCGCCCCCUCCGGGUGGCCCCCCUCCACCCCCCGGCCCCCCACCCCUGGAUGGGGUGAUGCCCCCCCCAGGAGCACCGCUGGGCUUUGCCCUGAAGAAGAAGAGCAUCCCGCAGCCGACGAACGCCCUCAAGUCCUUCAACUGGUCCAAGCUGCCAGAGAACAAGCUGGCAGGCACCGUGUGGACCGACAUAGAUGAUGCAAAAGUGUUUAAAAUCCUGGACCUCGAAGACCUGGAAAGGACGUUCUCCGCCUACCAAAGACAGCAGGACUUCUUUGUGAGCAGUAACUCCCGGCAGAAGGAAGAUGCUAUCGACGACACGUUGAGCUCCCGACACAAAGUCAAGGAGCUCUCAGUCAUAGACGGCCGGAGAGCUCAGAACUGCAACAUCCUGCUCUCCAGGCUGAAACUCUCAAACGAGGAGAUCAAACGAGCCAUUUUGACGAUGGACGAGCAGGAGGACCUCCCAAAAGACAUGUUGGAGCAGCUCCUGAAGUUUGUUCCAGAAAAGGGUGACAUUGACCUGCUGGAAGAGCAUAAGCAUGAGCUGGACCGCAUGGCCAAGGCUGACCGGUUCCUCUUCGAAAUGAGCAGGAUAAACCAUUAUCAGCAAAGGCUGCAGUCCCUCUACUUCAAGAAGAAGUUUGCGGAGAGAGUUGCAGAAGUCAAGCCCAAGGUGGAAGCCAUCCGCGCCGGCUCCAAGGCGGUGCUGCAGAGCAGCAGCCUCCAGCAGCUGCUGGAGGUGGUCCUGGCCUUCGGCAACUACAUGAACAAAGGGCAGAGGGGAAACGCUUUCGGGUUUAAAAUCUCCAGCCUCAACAAGAUCGCGGACACCAAGUCCAGCAUCGACAAGAACAUUACUCUUCUGCACUAUCUCAUCACAAUCGUCGAGAAGAAAUAUCCCAAAGUCCUCCGCCUGCACGAGGAGCUGCGAGACAUCCCGCAGGCGGCCAAAGUCAACAUGACUGAGCUGGAGAAAGAAAUAAACACUCUGAGGAGCGGCCUGAGAGCGGUGGAAGCUGAGCUGGACUUUCAGAAGUCUCAAGUUCAGCAAACAGGAGACAAAUUUGUGUCUGUCGUCAGCCAGUUCAUCACGUUAGCCAGCUUCAGCUUCUCAGAUGUUGAAGAUCUUCUGGCAGAGGCAAAAGAGCUGUUUUCCAAGGCCGUGAAGCACUUUGGAGAAGACACGGACAAAAUACAGCCCGACGAGUUCUUCGGCAUCUUUGAUCAGUUCCUUCAAGCCGUGACAGAGGCCAAGCAGGAGAACGAGAACAUGAGGAGAAGGAAGGAGGAGGAGGAGCGCCGGGCGCGCAUGGAGGCCCAGCUGAAGGAGCAGCGGGAGCGGGAGCGCAAGGCGAGGAAGGCAAAGGAGAGCGGCGAGGAGGGCGGUGAGUUCGACGACCUCGUCUCAGCCCUGCGCUCGGGCGAGGUCUUCGACAAGGACCUCUCCAAGCUGAAGCGCAACCGCAAGCGCAUUGCCAACCAGCUGGCCGACAGCGGCCGCGAGCGGCCCGUCACCAAGCUCAACUUCUGAGCGGCAGAAGAGACGGAAAACAACGAAAACCAUGAGUUUAGAAACCUGGUUAGCAGUCUUUUUUGAAGUGGCUAGGAUUAUUUUUUUUUAUUAUACUGCCUUGCAAUUCCAAGCGAAACAGUGGCACGCUCUUUCUCCCUGCGGGUGAGUGUGUGUGUAAGUACCAUGAGUACGGUCGGGUCAGGUGGAGCUGUGCAUCCGUGCGGGUGCUCAUCGCCUCCCCUCUGUCCCCUUCGACAAGUGGCUCUCCCAAGGCACAAGCACAAUGUCACGUCCGUGGAGAAAGAGAGGACUUGAGCACAGAGACACCCGCCUUCCUCAUGGUGGUCCACAAAGGUGAUGGAGAGCUGCUCCACGUUGCUCUCCCGCCCCGAUGCCUGGGCACUGAGCGGGGCCAUUUGCUGGGACGCCUUGCACACAACCCCGGCAGAAAAGAGGAAAAAGCUAAGUUGACUGGACUUGAUGAGUUUUUUUUCGUUGUCGUGGUUAUUCCCAAAACUUGCACUUCUGUGCUUACAUGCUGGUCCCCAAGCUCGGUGCCGCGAGCGCUCCCGGUGAUCCUCUUCUUCCCAUCAUUUUUGGGAAACGCUCUUCUUUUCCUUUUACCUUGCUAAAGGAAAAGUUACCCCGAGUGUGCUUAUUGCUCACACAGCACCCAGGUGUAUUUAUACUUUUAUAACGUUUCCUGGCCCGAGAUGGCGGGAAGGGUUGGUUCUCGGACGCGACAAGGAGCAUAAACUUUCGUGUUGUAAUUUUUAUUCUUGCUUUCUGUUCAAUGGGACAAACUGUAUCCUCUGUAGAUGUCGGUCAGGACGGAAGGUCACCCGGCGUACAACGGGGCCGGUGCAAAACUCACGGGCUCGCACCUGCGCCCGCCUUCUUUUCUGUUCUUGUUUUUCUUUUUUUUAAUGGACACCAGAAGCAACGAUGCCAAGAAAUGUGUCUCUUCGCGGUGUCCUUUUUUUGACUGGUUUGCUGUUCAAUGUCCUUGCAAAUUUGUAAGCAGAACUACCUGUAAAAUGUCAGUCCAGAAAAAAAAAAAAGAAAAUAAUAAAAAGAAUUCAAAGCUCUCAGGGAGUAAUAAUUUAAAGGUUUAGAAAAUUAAAAAUUGGAGAAUAAAAAGUAAACGCCAUUAACAUAUUAACGUUUCUAUUCUUAAAUUAUGCUGAGUAUAUAAAGGACUGUUACUUUUUGCUUUUAUUUAUUUGUGGUGUGUUUUUUGAGGAAACAAGACAAAACCUUUUUAUACCACCAAUACUUUUGUGAUCCUUUUUUAUUUGUUUGUUCUUUUUCCUGUGGAGAGAUGAGUUUGUCCCUGUUGCACUAGAUAUUAACACUAUUUGAAAUAAGUUGUUUUUUUUUUUUGUCAGAUAAUCGGUAUUGCUGAUGGGGUAUGGGAUGUCAGUGAACUAUAUGUACUGUAUAGCGAAAGUGCUGUUUAGACUAAUUUGUAUAAAAAUAUGGUUCUAAGCACCUGAAGGCCGCGGGGUCUGCGUGCUGUGUGAAAGCUGUGAAAUAUCACUCUAAACAGAGUUGUCAAGAGCUGUGGUUUUACCAUUUUGUUCUUUUCUUCAUUGCAACUUUUGACGCACUGUAGAUUUAAAAAAAAAAAGGAAAAAAAGAAAAAAAAAAAAGACUUUCUGAGUAGCAUUAAAGCAGUAAUAAAUCAAGCAGGUGAGCGCAAAAGUCCAGCACCUCAUUUCCAAGCAGCUGCGCAACCUGCGGGUUAUGUUCAAAGGUGGAGUUAAGCACUUUGCUUUCAGAAGGAGGGGGAAAUAAAGACAAAAGGUAAUGAUAAUACUAUUCCUUAACUAAAGUGCCUCUAUUUAUAUUUUUUAUUUAUGGCUGAAAAAACGGGGCUGGUACAAUUGAGGGAAUGGACUUGGGGGGGGGGUGGGAUUUAAAAACAAAACAAAACAAAAAGAUGAAAAAGGUUAAAAAAAAAAAAGUCUGGCCUCUGAUGGUUUAAGGAAUGGUUUCUCAUGUCGAACUCGCAAGGCGGUCGGAUGGGAAAGGGCGAUCGCCUGCUGGGGUCCCGGCCCCUGCUCCUGCCUCACGGCCCCAUCGGGGCCUUUCUGACAAAUUUCCUCUUGCCCUCCCAGACCUGGUUUUUGUUGUUGUUUUGUUUUACAACAGCCUCGUUGUUGGGCUGAGUUUGCCAUUUCUUUGUUUUCUUCAAAAAAAAAAGAAAAAAAAAAAGAAAAGAAAAGAAAAAAAUGUUAUAUAUAUAAAUACAAAGGCUGUGUGCAGGUAAUUCCAUGUGCCAUUGUCAAAAACUACUUUUAGAUUGGUGCUGGUGUAAGUAGCCACUCUUUUCUCUUGGGUGUGUAUUUUAAAGAUGAUUUUUUUUUUUAAUAAUGCCAAAAAUGAAAAAAAAAUCCAUAAUAAUUUGUAAACUGAAGUAUAUGUCUUGGACCUUAGUAGCUUCAUAGUGACCAAGGUAGUCCGUUAGGUGCAAGAAUGUUAUUAGUCCUAGCUAGCGGGAAAUGCUGUGUAAUGUCAUGAGACUGUACAUUUUCUAAGAUGGCAAUAUGCAAUAAAGAAAAGCGAUUCCGGUGAGUGUA